AUGAAAGCAACCUAGCAACCAAAAAGAGAAUCAUUUAACUUUCAAGAUGACUGUGAAGAUUAUGAUGAAGGCCUAAUUAAUGAGGAGCAUGAUGAUCAGAGCAUGCGCAAUUAUGUUUUUAAACACAAAGGCUCACUGCUACAAAACACUCCUUCUAGCAGUAAAAUUGCCGGCAGAAAUGUAUUCUUCAAUUAAAAUAUCGGCAACAACAGUGAACUUAUCAUUGAAAGUAUUGAAACCUCCAGGAAAAAAUCGUAUAAUAAUAACGACAAGGAAAAACCUAAAGACUCAGAUCUCAAUUACUUCAACUUGAUUAAAGAACAAGCUAAACUCUUGACUCUGUAAAAUUCAUUAAAAAAUCCUUUCGGAUAAGUUCCAGAUCCAACAAUAGCUAUAAUCGCACAAGCCACCUUGAAUAAUGAUUAUAGGAAUUAAUCACCGAAUAUCAAUAAUAAAUAAAAGUUGGAAUCUCUCAUGGAAAAUGGAAAUUCUUUAUAAAUUGAAGCAAACAUGAGUUUGAUCUAAUCAAAACUCAAUAAAUUUAGUCAUAAUGAUGAAGGCUUUAACAUUGAAGGAAGAAAAUUUUAAAUUUAGGACAUGUCACUUGAUAGAAAUAAUCCAAUUGAAUUUAAAAAGAAGGAGCAAGAACAAAUUGAAAAUUUUUAAUAGCUGUAGAAAAUAAAUAUGAGUAACUCCAAACUAAAAUCUAGCGAAAGCGAUAGUAGUAAAUCUAAAUAAACGAGCAAAGAUGUUACACCAUGCUCAAAUACUCAAUAAAAUUAUGGAUUAAUGGCUAAAAUUAGAAAAGACAUUAUCAAAAAUAUUGAGAAGUUAUUCUAAGAGCUCUCUAUAAAAGAUUAUUAUUUCAGGGUGCAAUGUUUGAACACACUAGACUCAUACAUGUAGUAUAACUAAAAGGAAAUAAUUGUUGAGCAGAUUAGAUUGAGUAACACUACUACUUAAUAUGAUAGCAUUAUCAUGGUUGGACUUGCAUGUGUAGUAAUCUAAUGGAACAAAGAGAACAUAAAUGAAUCAGAAUUAAAUAUUGAAAAAGCUUUUGAUUCUAUUGAUGUACCCUAAAAGUUUAAGACUAUUGAGUAUUUGAAUUUGACCCAGGAGAAAAUAGUAAAUGUUCUAGAAAAUAAAUAGCAAACAAAAUAGGAUAAUUUUAUAAAUCUGUGCUAUGUAACAAUAAUGUCUUGCGCAAUUGAAUAAGAAGUUAACAGAAAUAAGGCUAUCGAUGAUUUUUUAGAAAUAUAGUCUGAGGAAAGUGAAGAAACUAGGUAAAAAUCUGAUUAGAGGGAGGCUCAAAACUAGAUAAUAGCAGAAAUCAAAGAAGAAAUAUUUACACAGUUUUUGAAGGGUCUCUACAUCUAGUUACUUGAAACAAAUUCUAGUGAAGUAAACAUCAAUUUGUCGUUCUAUUAAUCAUAACUGUUGCUAAAAGCAUUGAACAUGGCUAAAAUGAAAGUCAUGAUGAAUAUGUACCUUUAAAAUGUGCAUGGGGAAAAUCUUCAAUCACUAACAAGGUUAGACACUAAUAACGUAGCGUACAUAACCUAAGUUUUUAAUCAGUUGUAAGCCUACUUUGAGACCUUACACCAAUAAUCAUAAGAUUGA